UCCACAUCAGACCCAUCUAGUUCGAUCAUAUAUAGACAGACUGUUUAAAGAUAAGCAAGUGCAAUAAGGUGAAAAGUUUAAAAGAACUACAAUUACUAAGAUUAAAACAAAGAUACAGAUCAGAUGCUUACAGCUUCCAGCCUCUCAGCGAAUAGAAACAAACUGGGGCUUAAUUAAACACUGCCGUCAUACCACAAUAUUAAGUAUAGAAGCUUAGAAAGCGUAUCUGCAAGAUGUCUGAUAUAGACGAUAACUUAGAAGUGGUGGUUAUAGAUAAUGGAACGUGGAUGAUAAAAGCUGGGUAUGCUGGUGACAAAACAGCCCGUGCGUACGAGAGAACAGUGAUUGGCACAGAUGUAGCAGAAGAAGGCAACAGUCAACAUAAGGAUGGAGUCAGUAUGAAGCUGUUUGGAGAUAGGACCUGGUUCAACAGAAAGUGCAAGUUAACAUUUCCUAUGCACAGGGGAUCUGUCUGCGGCUGGGAUGAUAUGGAAAGCAUCUGGGAGUAUAUUUUCACACACGAACUGCGUGACGGUAUAGAGGGCCGCCCUAUUCUGAUAACAGAGGUUCCUGGUAACAGUCCCGAAAACAGACAGAAAAUGGUCGAGAUUAUGAUGGAGAAGUUUCGAGUUCCUGCUCUGUAUAUCAAAGACCCUGCAGGAUUGGCUCUGAUCAGUUCCGGUCGAAUUUCCGGGAUUGUGUUGGAUGUUGGCGGAAGUGUUACACAUGUCACAGCUAUACAUCAGGGGUCGCUUCUGAAUUGUAAUGGCGCAGGUGGAGCAGCGUAUCCUUGCAGAUCUGAUAUUGGUGGAAACGACGUGACUGAGUAUUUGUCAAAGAUAAUUGGAAAGAGCAACUUUGAACCUAGUGGUCAUGCAAUGGUUGAUAUAGAAGGUUUAAAGCAUUGUUUAUACAAUUAUACAAUGUCAGAAAAUAAGGGAACUGACUACAGUUUUCCGGACGGCACCAGUGUUCCCGUUGAUGAGGAUAUGAUCAGUUGUGGGGACAUCUUGUUUCAUCCGGAUAAGAUAGGGUCGACUGCGCCAGGAAUAGAUAAACUCUUAUGUAAUGCUUUGCAUUCCUGUGAAGAUGACAUUAAGAAGGAACUACUGUCAAACAUUAUUAUCUCUGGAGGGACAACGCUCACACCAGGAGUUGUUGAACGGCUUGAGACACAUGUUAAAGAAGAAUUUGGAAAAUGUGACAAUAAAAUCUGCGUAAUUGGCCCUCCAGAGAGAAGGAAAUCUUCCUGGUUGGGUGGAUCUAUAGUAGCUUCACUGGAGAUAUUCCCAAAAAUAUGUAAAACUAGAGAAGACUAUACCGAGAAAGGUUGCACGGAGUUCACGACAUUUGCUGGAUUUGAGACUUUUCUGAUUUCUUGAAUAUGGGUAAUUAUCCAAAUAAAAUCUUUCCUCAAAAUGUUUUGACAGUUCAUAAUUUUGAGAAGCUGUUGUGAUUAAAGUGAUUUAGUGACUGAUAAUAGAAAACGUACUUCAGAAAGUCAUGACAAUUGCAAGAAUCUGUAUGUACAAUUUCCUUGAAAUGACAGAGAAAACAAUACUUCUUUUGAAAGAGAACAAUGUCGUGCAAUGCUUUAAUUUCCGAAUACUGCAAACAGAUCAGUUCGGUCAUUUUGCAGUCUUUUUAUCUCAACUGUUUUUGAAUAUUCGUUACAUUAAUAACAGAUUUGCACAAUUGGAAGUGUUUCCUUUAUUA